AAUGAGAGAGAGACACAGUACAGAGAUAAACAGAAGAGAGAAAAACUAAACAGAGCCGCCGCUUCUCCGUCGAUUGGCCAAGCUCCGGAGCGUGGUAAGCCUCAAUUAACUAAACCAAUAGUAAGGAAUCUCAUGGUGGUGGUGAUGUUUGCAGACGUGGCGGCUAGGGUUCCGAUGACCCUAGAUGGCGAGGUGGCGUACACACGAUGGCAAGAGGCUAUAGGCGUGGCCAUACUAAAUCCACAUCUCGCCAUCUGGCCAUUUAGGCCCUUUAUGCCUACUUAUAAAGAAAGAAAGAGAAGAGUGAAAGGAAAGUGAGACAGAGAGGGAGAGAAGGGUAAUCGGAAAAGAGAGAGAGAGAGGGGGGUGAUCUGAGCAAAGAUGGCGACUUCUAUUGUUGCCGGAACCAGAACCAGUUGCGGGUUUUUGGGGGUUUCGCUUCAGUUAGAUUUCAAUAUGUCGACUGCAAAUGACUUCUUGCACGCUUACAACACUUGGUAGACGAGGUUAUUGUAUACGAUAGACGCAUUAUGGAUAAACCCGAUGAACUUACUUGAAGAAUUGCUGAUGUACGAGCUAAACAACUGGAACUACAGUCUGAAGUGCAGUGGCCGACCCAUGAUUUUUUUCUAUUGGGGUCCAUUUUUUGUAUAAAAUUUUUUCACAAACAAAAAAAAAAAUUUCAGGUCGGUCAUCGUAGUCGGGUCGGGUCAGGGUUAAGAAAUAAUGUAAAAGCCUUUAGUGGACAUGAAACCACUACAUUAUUAAGAACCAUUUUUAAGCAUCAAGUUAUCAAAUAGUGGUGAUUAAUAAGUUGCUUGGAACCAAUAGCUACCUAAACAACACAAUUACUUCACAUAACUUCAAAAUUUUGUUUAAGUUUUUUUUAUGAACGCCACUAUAUGUUGGAAGUCUCAUUUGGUAAUCAAAUGUGAAAUAAAAUCAUUCGGAGAUGUUAAAUUUAUCAUUUUAAAGAAGCAAAUUAGAAGGCGUUUGAAAGGAGUGUGUUGUAGGAAUAGUUUAAGACAAGUAAACAAGAUGUUAACCACACAUAGCUUAAUGGUGGCCAAGGCCAGGUUUGUUUUCUUUUUGAUAUAUUUGAAUUUUGAUUAAAACAUGUGAAUGCACAUUCUCAUUAUAGCCGCAUAGAAAGAUAUGUGACUGAGCCAUGUUAAAAGGUUAGAAAACCAUAUAGGAUGAUCUGAAGACACUAAGGAAAAGACCGAAGUCAUAGUCAUUAGGUAAAACAUAUCAAAAGGUUUGUAAACCAAAUCAAAGGGUUGGAAUGGGGUUUUGCUACAAUAUCUUGCGUACACACAUGUUUGUAUAUUAGUUUGUGGGAUCAUGGUUUAGUUAUUUUAGUAUUUAUAGCAUAUUCUGCAAGAGUGUGGUGGCUCAAUCGGAACGUCAACGGCGGCGAUGCUUUCUGUACAAUCAUACACGAUGGGCAACAAUCGACCAUCUUCCGGAUGCUUCUCUGCCUUAGAUAAUCGACCUCUGUUUCAACCACAGCUUUCGAUAACAAUUCAGACAAAAUGGAAUCAAUUCUCAAGGAUGAAGAAGAAGCUAGCACCACCAAGGGCGGUUACUUUCCGUCGUACACCAUCGGCCACGGCAGCAAAACUUCUUAUAGAGGCAGAGAUUGAGGAGCUUUUCGCAGUAGUGGAAAAGAAAGAACAAAAGCGAUUCUUAGACAAGUUUAUUAGGAAGAGACCCUGCUUGUACUUCGGUUGUUGGCGUGCAAACCAGAGAUUCGUGCUUUAGCAUUGCUUAGAAGUUUAAGUUGAGCUCUGGAUUCUUCGAUUACAUCAACCCGAAUUUGAACUGCCACAAGCUAUUUGUGGGCGAAUGGAUUUAUGUUAAUGGAAUCUAAUCAAAGUCACUCGAUCUAUGAACUAUAUGAACCGACCAAUAAAUGUUUCUUUCUUUUAAAGAUUGAAAUACAUACUAAGUUGUGGAUGCAUCAAAACCUCAUGUUUAAAGAAAUAACGCUUUUGUACUAUGUGUUACUUCGGUUAUUAAUAAAGAAAGUUGAUUUUAACUUAUAAAAGGUAUAACAAA